AUGCUAGAGAGGAGAGUAUAAAAACAUGAUGGCACUUGUGUUGUAUGUGAUGCUCAAAUUGAUUAGUAUAAUAUUGUGGCAGGCGAGUAAUGCUAAAUAAAGAACCAAUUAAUAAUAGAUGAAGUGAAUGCAGCAAGAGUCAAAUUGAAACCAUUUUAUUGGAGACCUUAUGAAUACAGUCAUAUUAUUGAGUACUUUUAAUUUUUAUGA